AUGGGAGGAAGAGCAGAGAAGGGAACACCUAAAUGGCUUGCAAAUCGUAUGAAAUCAAAGGGUCUUCAGCGUCUUAGAUGGUAUUGUCAAGUUUGUGAAAAACAGAUGCGUGAUGAGAAUGGUUUUAAAUGCCAUACUCAGUCAGAAGCACAUGUUAGACAAAUGUUAUUGAUUGGGGAAAAUCCAAACCGACAUAUUCAUAAUUAUUCAGUAGAAUUUAAAAAUAACUUUAUUCAAUUAUUAAGGACAUCUCAUGGUGAAAAACGAGUUCAUGCAAAUCAUUUUUAUCAGGAGUAUAUUGCAGAUAAGGGGCAUUUAAGAAUGAAUGCAACCCGAUGGGUUACAUUAACAGAAUUUGUAAAAUAUCUUGGAUAUGAGGGGAUAUGUAGGGUUGAUGAAACGGAUAAAGGGCUGUAUAUUUCAUGGAUUGAUAAUUCACCUGAAGCGUUACGCCGUCAACAGUCUAUUAUCAAAAGAGAUCGUCAAGAUAAGGGAGAUGAAGAAAGAGAACUUAAAAUGAUCAAUGAGCAAGUUGAAAGGGCAAAGAAGAUGGUAAAAGAUGACGAACAGGAUCAUGAAAAUGUUAUAAAAGAAUUAAAAAGAAAUGAAAAUAAAAUUUCAAUUUCAUUAUCAAAACCAUCUGUUCAUCAAGAAAAUGCCUUAUCUAUUUUACAGGAAGAUGAAAAGUCUCGUUCUAAUAAAAUUUCUUCUCUAAAAAAGCAGGAAAAUGUGUUUAAGACUUUAGCUAGAUCUACUCCGCCAAAACAAAUACAAAAUAAGGAAAAAAAACCAUUAACUACUGCAGAAAAAAUUAUUUUAGAAGAAAUGGAAGAGCGUAAAAGAAAGGAAAUGCAAAGAGACAAUCAUUUUGAUUCAAAACGGCGUCGUGUUCAUCUUAACUGA